AUGAAGUUUGAGAAUAUCCUGGAGGAAAUCGAUGGCUUUGGGCCUUUCCAAAUCGCCAUCACCGUCCUGCUGUGCACCCCACGUAUAGUUCUGCCCUGUCACUUCUUAUUGAAUAACUUCAUCGCUGCGGUGCCUCCUCACCGCUGUGAUGUCAGCACGCUGGAAGAUAGAGGACCCACAAACUUAACUCAGGAGCAGAGACUGACAGUCUACGUUCCUGUACGGGAGGAUGGGGAACCAGAAUCCUGUGAGAUGUUUGCAGAGCCUCAGUUUCAACUCUUAGCCAACAGCUCCAACAGCGCUAACCUGCCAACAAUUCACUGUCAGAGUGGCUGGGUUUAUGACAACUCCACCUUCACUUCCACCCUGGCAACAGAGUGGGACCUUGUCUGUGAUAGAAAAAGCCUGACAAAAACCACAAGCUCAGUUUUCUUUUUUGGAGUGAUGAUUGGAGCCAUAGCUUUUGGAUACCUCUGUGACAAGUAUGGGAGGAAAAACACUCUUUUGGCCUCAUACAUCAUGGCGAUCGUGUUUGGCUUCUGCAGCGCAUUUGCAAACUCCUACGUUCUGUUUGCAGUGCUGAGAUUUCUCACUGGGUUCGGACUGACAGGAAUCAGCAUCAACUCAGUAGUUCUCACCAUUGAGUGGGUCGACACAAGUCACAGGUCAUUUAUCGGUGUGAUUGGCGGUCUGGCCUGGUCUGUGGGUAACAUGCUGCUGGCCGGGUUUGCCUUCCUGGUAAAUGACUGGCGGACCCUGAUCAUGACUGUGACAGCCCCACUAGGAUUUGCAGUUUUGACCUGGUGGUGGAUCCCUGAAUCUGCCCGAUGGCUUUUAGCCAAUGGUAAAGUGGAAAGGGCUCAGUUUUACCUUGAAAAAUGUGCUAAGUUCAACAAAGGACAAAAACUGUCAUCCAAAUUAAAAGCAGAGACACUCUCCAACAUAGAAAUCAUGGAAAAGCAGGACAAAAACUACACUUACCUUCACCUAAUCAAGACUCCAAAGAUGAGACGCUUAACAGUACUGACUGGGAUUCUGUGGUAUGGAGUUGCCUCGACAUAUUAUGGUAUCAGCUUAAACAUCAGUGGGUUUGGUUUAAACCUGUACCUCACACACUUCAUCUAUGCAGCCAUUGAAGUCCCGGCCAAGCUGAUGAUUUAUUGCUUUCUCAACAUCAUUGGACGGCGAAAAUGUCAAGCUGGAACACUGUUACUGACAGGAAUCUGCAUCGCCGUAAACAUCUUUCUUCCAAAAGGUCUGUGGCAUGUCCGUGCUGUUGUUGCCAUUCUUGGAAAAGGCCUAUCAGAAGCUGCCUUCACGACUGUCUUCCUCUACACAACGGAGCUUUACCCCACAGUCAUCAGGCAAAAUGGCUUGGGCUACACCAGCUUCAUGAGUCGUCUGGGAGUAUCAGUGGCUCCGCUCAUCCUGAUGCUGGAGGACGUGUGGACUGUUCUUCCUCAGAUCAUCAUCUGCUCUGUGGCCAUCAUUUCUGGCCUGGUGUCUCUGCUGCUUCCAGAGACACUGAAUCUGAGGCUGCCAGAGACAAUUGACGACAUUGAAAAGCCAAGAAGAAAUGACAUCUCCUGUCACUCUGUGGAGGCUUCAGGUGUUUUCCUGGAAUCAAAGAACACAGCAGACACUUAGCAGUGAAGAGACAAGAAAAACAAGGAGUUU